AGUGUUCGCUGUUCGGUUCGACCAAUUACACAAAAGCUAAAACAAAAUGGCUACAUACGCAGCGUUCAAGCACGUCGAGCUGUACAAUGUUGGAAACACCAAGAAAAGAGUUCUGAAGCCACCGGGCGGUGGAAGCAGUGAUCUGUUCGGCGCCGAGCACCUCGCGCCCUCGACCCCACGCACCAUGAGCAAGAAUCGCAUGCAGUCGAACAUCUUCGCUACCCCAGCGGAUGCCCAUAAGAAUGUCUUCCGACAAGGAGUACACCGAUACUACUUUCUUGGCACGGAAACUCCGCGCCGCACCCAGGGCCAGGAUUCGCACAAUCGCCUGUUCGGCGAGGUCAACCGCCCGUUCACGCCGGCCAAGAACCACAUGAAGAGCAACCUGCCGAUCGGCAACGGGCAGGAUCACCCGGACGCCGGCAGCAAGCAGCACACCAACGGCAAGGCGAACGGUGUGGCACACCAGAACGGCAACGGCACCGCCAACGGACACGGAAACGGACACAGCAACGGCCACAGCAAUGGCAAUGGACACAUUUCGUCCGCUUCCUCAGACAACGGAUCCAGCCACAUUUUCCUGAGGAGAUUAAGUAACGAAGACGCGUCGCCGGAUUCGGCCUACUCGUCCGGACAGCAGUCUCACUCGCAGCAGCCGGUGGCCGGUCCGGGUGGCAUUUGGGCUCCGUUCGAUGGGCUGCCCCUUCCACCGUUGUCCCCGCGCCGCCAGCUGCAGUUCUAUCCGAGCGGCGAGGCGCUGAAUCCGACCUACGCGUCCAACAUUAAUCUCUGCAUCAGUGACGACAUCAUUAUCAGCGUGACGGAGCAUGACGAUGCCUCUGCGAGCGUGCUGCAGUCUUAUGGCAAAGCAUCGCCGAGGUCACCCCGCUCGCCACGGUUUGCGCAACGGAACCCGGUUACCGGCAACGGAAUCGAAGACUACGGAGAUAAGCCACGGAAGCCAAGCUCGCGGCGUGGAGGAGCAGGAGGAGAUGGCAACCCGGUAACCGGUGAAGGAUACAGCAAAUCGAACGGUGCAGCAGAAAUCAACACAACGGUCCCGUCCCUGAACGGUGGUGGCCAUGUCAUCAACAAGAAUCGCAUUCCACCAGGCGGUUUCUCGUCCGGCCUCUGGUAAAUCACAUCGUCCGCCCGCAGCGAUGAUAGUGGCCACUAUUCAGUGUUCCACUAUCAAACACAUGCAUACACACAAACACACAUACUACCAUCAUCGGACCCGACCAUCGAUGCCGUCGAUAUUUUGUCUUCUUUUUAUUUAUCAACCGUGUACUCUCCAUCCGCAUUAUCAUGAAUAUCAGGAAAAAUAGGGAAAAACCAGUAGAAAAAAGCAAUAUUAUAAUGACGAUAUAAACUUAAAAGCAACAGAUUUGGUGUUCAUUAUCCAACGGAGAUGUUUGGACUGGAAUGCAAAACCAGUAUAGAUGUUCAAAAUCCCUUUCCUCUAGCAAAAAGAAAAAAAAAAGAAAACACGAUAACAUAUGAUUAAAUCAUAGAAUCGAAUCCAGGAAAAAAAACGGUACCGAGCUCGGUCCUUCCAA